UGUAUUUCCCAGCUAGUGGGUGAAGGGCUGGAGACCUUAUUGCAGUCAUGGCUUUCACAAAUUACAGCAGUCUGAAUCGAGCUCAGCUAACCUUUGAAUAUCUGCACACAAAUUCAACCACUCACGAAUUCUUGUUUGGUGCUCUUGCUGAACUGGUUGAUAAUGCAAGAGAUGCUGAUGCCACCAGAAUAGAUAUUUAUGCAGAAAGACGAGAGGACCUUCGAGGAGGAUUUAUGCUUUGCUUUUUGGAUGAUGGAGCGGGAAUGGAUCCAAGUGAUGCAGCCAGUGUGAUCCAGUUUGGGAAGUCGGCCAAGCGAACACCUGAGUCCACUCAGAUUGGACAAUAUGGGAAUGGGUUAAAAUCGGGCUCAAUGCGCAUUGGGAAGGAUUUUAUCCUGUUCACCAAGAAGGAAGACACCAUGACCUGCCUCUUUCUGUCUCGUACCUUUCAUGAGGAAGAAGGCAUUGAUGAAGUGAUAGUCCCACUGCCCACCUGGAAUGCUCGGACCCGGGAACCUGUCACAGACAAUGUAGAGAAAUUUGCCAUUGAGACAGAACUCAUCUAUAAGUACUCUCCUUUUCGCACUGAGGAGGAAGUGAUGACCCAAUUUAUGAAGAUUCCUGGGGACAGCGGAACACUGGUGAUCAUCUUCAAUCUCAAGCUCAUGGAUAAUGGAGAGCCAGAGCUAGACAUAAUCUCAAAUCCAAGAGAUAUCCAAAUGGCAGAGACAUCCCCAGAGGGCACGAAGCCAGAGCGGCGUUCGUUCCGGGCCUAUGCUGCUGUGCUGUAUAUUGAUCCCCGGAUGAGGAUCUUCAUCCACGGGCACAAGGUUCAGACCAAGAGGCUCUCCUGCUGCCUGUACAAGCCCAGGAUGUACAAGUACACGUCAAGCCGUUUCAAGACCCGUGCGGAGCAGGAGGUGAAGAAAGCAGAGCACGUAGCAAGGAUUGCUGAAGAGAAGGCACGGGAGGCGGAGAGCAAAGCUCGGACAUUAGAAGUACGCCUAGGUGGAGACCUCACGCGGGACUCCAGGGUGAUGUUGCGACAGGUCCAGAACACAGCCAUCACUCUGCGCAGAGAAGCUGAUGUCAAGAAGAGGAUCAAGGAGGCCAAGCAGCGAGCACUUAAAGAACCAAAGGAACUGAAUUUUGUUUUUGGGGUCAACAUUGAACACCGGGACCUAGAUGGCAUGUUCAUCUACAACUGUAGCCGGCUGAUCAAGAUGUAUGAGAAAGUGGGCCCACAGCUGGAAGGGGGCAUGGCAUGCGGUGGGGUUGUUGGGGUUGUUGAUGUGCCCUACUUAGUCCUGGAGCCUACACACAACAAACAGGACUUUGCUGAUGCCAAGGAGUACCGGCACCUGCUCCGAGCAAUGGGGGAGCACCUGGCACAGUAUUGGAAGGACAUUGCCAUUGCCCAGCGGGGAAUCAUCAAGUUCUGGGAUGAGUUUGGCUACCUGUCUGCCAACUGGAACCAGCCCCCAUCCAGCGAGCUGCGUUACAAACGCCGGAGAGCUAUGGAAAUCCCCACCACCAUCCAGUGUGAUUUGUGUCUGAAGUGGAGAACCCUCCCCUUCCAGCUGAGUUCUGUGGAAAAAGAUUACCCUGACACCUGGGUUUGCUCCAUGAACCCUGAUCCUGAACAGGACCGGUGUGAGGCUUCUGAACAGAAGCAGAAGGUUCCCCUAGGAACAUUCAGAAAGGACAUGAAGACACAGGAAGAAAAGCAGAAACAACUGACAGAGAAAAUUCGCCAGCAGCAGGAGAAGCUGGAGGCCCUUCAGAAAACCACCCCCAUCCGCUCCCAAGCAGACCUGAAGAAAUUGCCCUUGGAAGUGACCACUAGACCUUCCACUGAGGAACCUGCACGUAGACCUCAGCGUCCUCGGUCACCCCCUUUACCUGCUGUGAUCAGGAAUGCCCCCAGCAGACCCCCUUGUCUGCCAACUCCUAGACCAGCCAGCCAGCCACGAAAGGCUCCUGUCAUCAGCAGUGCCCCAAAGCCCCCUGCUUUGGCAGCCCGGGAGGAGGCCAGCACAUCCAGGCUGCUCCAGCCACCUGAGGUACCCCGAAAGCCUGUCAACACUCUCGUCAAGACUGUAUCCCGACCUGCCCCUUUGGUGCAGCAACUGUCACCAUCUUUACUGCCCAAUUCCAAGAGCUCUCGGGAGGUCCCUUCUCCCAAAGUCAUCAAGAAUCCAGUGGUGAAGAAGGCAGAGCCACCCAUCAAACUCUCCCCGGCUACCCCUAGUCGAAAGCGGAGUGUUGCAGUUUCUGAUGAGGAAGAAGUUGAGGAAGAAGCUGAGAGGAGGAAGGAGAGGUGCAAGCGGGGCAGAUUUGUUGUGAAGGAGGAAAAGAAGGACUCAAAUGAGCUUUCAGACAGUGCUGGGGAAGAGGACUCUGCCGACCUCAAGAGAGCUCAGAAAGAUAAAGGGCUGCACGUGGAGGUACGUGUGAAUAGGGAGUGGUACACAGGCCGUGUCACAGCCGUGGAGGUGGCCAAGCAUGUGGUGCGGUGGAAGGUGAAGUUUGACUACGUACCCACAGACACAACACCGAGAGACCGCUGGGUGGAGAAAGGCAGUGACGAUGUGCGGCUGAUGAAACCCCCUUCUCCGGAAUAUCAGAGCCUUGACACGCAGCAGGAGGGCAGGGAGGAAGAGGAGGCCACUGUGGCCCAGCAGGCCAUAGCCAUGGCAGAGCCCUCCACUUCCGAAUGCCUCCGCAUCGAGCCUGACACCACCGCCCUGAGCACCAAUCACGAGACCAUCGACCUGCUCGUUCAGAUCCUCCGGAAUUGUUUACGGUACUUCCUGCCUCCAAGUUUCCCCAUCUCCAAGAAGCAGCUGAGUGCUAUGAAUUCAGAUGAGCUAAUAUCUUUUCCUCUGAAAGAGUACUUCAAGCAAUAUGAAGUGGGGCUCCAGAACCUGUGCAAUUCCUACCAGAGCCGUGCUGACUCCCGGGCCAAGGCCUCCGAGGAAAGCCUGCGCACCUCUGAGAGGAAGCUCCGCGAGACGGAGGAGAAGCUGCAGAAGCUGAGGACCAACAUUGUGGCACUCCUGCAAAAGGUGCAGGAGGACAUAGACAUCAACACAGAUGAUGAGCUGGACGCCUACAUCGAGGACCUCAUCACCAAAGGGGACUGAAAACAGGAGCAAGAGGAGCUCCCCUGCCCACCUGCCCCUCAACUGUGUAGCUGCAGGGGGGAGGGGGCUUCAUUCAUGGGUUGGUGGUCACACCUUGGUUUAACUCACAUGGGACAUUUGUGUUUUUGGAGGGAAAGAUACUCUGAUUCUUUGAAUCUUCCUCCCUAAGUUUAUAAAUAUUUAUUUUUUAAAAGAA